AUGAGUCUUCUUUUGUCCAGUAGGGAGAAUAUGUUCUUCCUCAACUAUCGAGAGUUUGAAGAGAGACCUGGUGAGCCUCCACUGAUAAAAGGUUGGCUUCCUUAUCUUGGGAGAUCCCUGGAAUUAAGAAAAGAUCCCACAGGUUUCUUAAAGUCUCUUCAGAUGCAAUAUGGUGACACUUUCACUCUUCUCCUUGGAGGAAAGUACAUAACAUUUAUGUCAGACCCUUCAUACUUCUCCUCAGUGAUGAAGAACCACAAAAAAUUGAGCUUUCAAGUGUUUAGUAAUAGGCUGCUAAUGAAAAUGUUUUCCAUCAAAAAGUUGGCAAGCAAUGAGGAUCUGAAGAAUGACAUUCAUCUCUGCUAUCAAUAUUUACAAGGAAAAUAUAUGGACUCACUUAUGGAAAACACCCUAAAGAGUCUAAAACAAGUUUUUGAACCACAACUAUUAAAAACAACAAAUUGGGACACGUCUCAUAUUUACUCUUUCUGCACCUCACUAAUAGUGGAGACCUCAUUUUCAUCCAUAUAUGGAAGAUAUACUGCUGGUGAUAGGAAAAAAUUUAUUGCUCAGCUAGAAAAUGACAUUUUAAAAUUUGAUGAAAAGUUCCCAGUUUUUGUAUCAGACAUACCCAUUGUUCUUCUACGAAGUGUCAAGUCUAUGCAAAAGAAACUUAUAGAACGGUUUAGACCAGAAAACUUAACUAAGUUACAAGGGUGGUCAGAAGUUGUUCAAAUGAGGCAUAACGUCUUAGAAAAAUACUAUGAGCCUGAGGACUUUGAAAUGGGAGCACAUCAUUUUGGCUUUUUCUGGGCCUCUGUGACAAACACUCUUCCAACAAUGUUCUGGGCGAUGUAUUAUCUUCUACGGCACCCAGAAGCUAUGGCAGUGCUGCAUGACGAAAUUGACCAUUUGCUGCAGUCAACAGGUCAAAAGAAAGGGUCUGAAUUUUCCAUCCACCUCACCAGAGAACAAUUGGACAGCCUGGUCUACCUAGAAAGCACCAUUAUGGAGGUUCUACGACUAUGUUCAUUUUCAAGCAUCAUGCGUUAUGUUCUUGAAGAUAUGACUAUACACUCAGAGACCGGAGACUACCGCCUACGAAAGGGAGACAUGCUAGCCGUCUUUCCUCCAACCUUACAUAAUGACCCUGAAAUCUUUGAAGCUCCAAAGGAAUUUAGAUUUGAUCGUUUCGUAGAAGAUGGUAAGAUUAAAACCACCUUUUACAAAAGAGGGGAAAAGAUUAAGCAUUAUCUAUUACCUUUUGGAUUUGGAGCCAGCAAAUGUCCAGGACGAUUUUUUGCAAUCAUGGAAAUAAAAUUAAUACUGAUUGUACUUUUAACUUAUUUUGAUUUAGAAAUAAUUGAUGAUAAACCUGUAGGACUGAACUAUGAUCGCUCUUUUCUUGGUAUUCAGCAUCCAGAUUCUGAUGUUUUAUUUAGAUACAAAGUGAAAUCAUAA